GGCAUGGGUGUAACUUUAUUCACUUUUGUGAAUUAACUGAUUAAAAUUUUUUUAAUUGUAAUCGUAAAUUAUAUCACCGAAGGAUAUUCACGUAUAUCGUAAUAAGACUAGAACGAGGAAGUAACGUCAUGGUGGAAAACGAUGUAAAUAAUAUUUAUAAACUAACCUUUCUUGUCAUCAUCACAGCGUAAGACAACAAUUUCUAAAUGCAUUAGAAAUGCGUUGUGAAUAAAGAGUGUUCAUAAAAAGGUAGAAAGAAAAAUAUCGAUUAGAAAAUUAAUAGAUCGUGUAAGUAAAAUUUGAGGUGGAUUUGUAAGAGAAGAAAAGAAAUAUAUAAAUUAUAAAAUGAAUUACGGAAAAAAAUCACCUAGCAUGGGUACCCCAUCGGUAUAUUCUCAUGUUACUACACGUAGCAGCGCAAAUUUGAAAUCUUCGCGAUCAAUGCGUAGCGUGAAAAUACAUUGGUAUCAGAAACCAAUUUUGACACAUGCUUAUCUACUCGAUAUUCAAAGAGGCGCUAUGUUUACUGCAAUAUUUUCAUUGUGUUUAGCCAUUUUCACUAUAUGUACCGCAGUAUUUGAUCUUUAUUGUCUUUCUCAAGCUGCACCAGGUUCAACUCACUAUGGUUAUUACGUAAUGUCAUAUGAAUUUGUUUAUGUGGGCAAUCGGCAUGUGCGUAAUGCCCUUGUCGUGUUUGCUUUGUUCUCUAUGCUUGGUGGAAUAGCAGUGUUUGCAACAUCCAUGAUGUUGAUAGCUGCUUUACGAAAAGAAUAUGAAAGGAAGAUGAUACCAUGGCUUUAUGGUUUUGCAACUUUUACUGUUUUCAGAUUGUUUGCUUUUAUAUUCUUUAGUAUAGUAAACGAUAUGAUAUUUGCUUAUAAUAUUACAACGUGUAUCUUGUGGAUGUUAUUCAUUUGUUUCUCCAUUUAUGGAUGGUUAAUUGUGUAUUCCCUAUACGUGGAAUUAUCUGAUCUUACACGAUUGGAAGAUCUGGCCCACCUAAGGAUUGGUACGAUGCAAUCGUUGAAUGCAUCAACUACACAGUCUAUUGCCGGUUCGCGACCAACAACACCACAUAGUGCGGUAUCGGCACUACCUGCGAAUUAAACAUAACAACGUUGAAGAUCUGUUAAGUUUUAUGGUUAUCAUCAUGAUGUUAACAAGAUGGGUUAACAGAAACGGAAGGUUAACCGAAUAAAUGGAUUAUAUUAAAGUAGGAAGUAGAUGAGAACGAGAUGAGAGAGCUUAACGUAUGCACGGUGUUAAAGUGUCGGUCUGAGCGCAAUGCGCGGUCUGUGUACGUUGAAACGAUAUCAUUUAUCCGUUCAUUCUGAGAUUCCGUCCAAAACUGUAAGAAAUAAUAGCAAAUUAUUGCAAGAGUGAGAAUUCUCAUGUAUCUUAUAAGAUUUGU